GAAUUUCAGUUCAGAACAUAUUGGAAGAAAAAUAAAAUGGGAAGAAAGAAGAAGAAGCAAUUGAAGCCUUGGUGCUGGUAUUGUAACAGAGAAUUUGAUGAUGAAAAAAUUCUUAUCCAGCAUCAAAAAGCCAAGCAUUUUAAAUGCCAUAUAUGUCACAAAAAGCUCUACACAGGACCAGGACUGUCCAUUCACUGCAUGCAGGUUCACAAAGAAAAAAUUGAUAAAGUGCCAAAUUCACUGCCAGGAAGAAAUAAUUGUGAAAUAGAAAUUUAUGGAAUGGAGGGAAUUCCAGAGGAGGACAUAAAAGCACAUGAAAAACAGAAGCAGGGGAGUGAGGGAGAGCCUCCCAGCAAGAAGUUGAAGGAAGAUACAGAUAGUAAUGAUGGAAUGCCUGGUCCCUCAGGCAGUCAAAACAACCAGGUUCCCCCACCAUACGGCAUGAAUAGAAUGCCUAUGCCUCCUGGAAAUAUGCCGUAUGGCAUGCCUCCUAUGCCCCCUAUGGGCCCCCCUGGACCUAUGGGUCCAGGUCCCAUGAUGGGACCAAUGGGUCCUAUGGGACCAAUGGGCCCUAUGCCUCCAAUGGGACCAAUGGGACCUAUGGGUAUGCCCCCUAUGCCUGGAAUGCCACCACGCCCUAACUUUAUGCCGAAUGGACCCCCAGCCACAAUGCCAGGAUCCAGCCCUAUGAGUACACAGAGUGGGCCCUCCAAACCACUGUUUCCCUCUGCACAGUCAUCGCCAGCAACUAUUUCAGCUCCUCCCACAGCUAACUUUAAAGCUGCGCCAAUGGCUGCCCCUGUAAAGCCCACAUUCCCUGCUGCUGCUGCAGCACUCUCAAACUCCCCCGUCAACAGCAGUGCUACCAUCACAGGAGCCCCCCAGAUAAAGAAACCCGAGUCUAGUUCAGGUUUGACAUCCAAACUCAUUCAUCCCGAGGAAGAUAUUUCUUUGGAGGAAAAAAGAGCUAUGAUGCCUAAAUAUAGAAGAGGCAUGGGAAAUCUUAAUCAGGGACCAGGUCGACCACCAGCAUCAACAAUGAUGGGAGGGGUGCCAUCAAAUAUGGGUAUGUCCAAUGCAAAUGGUAGUGGUGGAUCCAAUAUGUAUGGGAGUGGGAUGUCUUAUCAAGGACAGAGUGGUUUUAGGCCUCAAAUGACAAGCCGACAGUACUGACCAUUACCUCUAAGAAUAGAUCCAAAGAUCAUCAAAUGUGUCUCUCAAAUGUGUUUCACUACAGCUAAGUCAAGGGUUUUAAAAAUGUUGUGGACAUUAAAAUAGUAUGCAUGUGUAAAAAAUAUUGUGUAAAGUACUGUAAAGUACUUGGACUGCCAAAGGGUAUUAUUUUAAUGAGUUUUAUUGUGUUAACUAAUUAUAUUUUGUAGAUGUAAAUGAUGUCCAUAAAUUUUAUUAUUAUUAAGUAUCAAGGUAAGAAUCAAAUUAUCAGACAAAUGUGUUGUAUCAACAACAAGAUACUCAGCCGGUAAGUCAGCUAGUACAGGAAAUGUGGAAUUCUCUUCAUUGAAUGUUCAUUCAUUCUUGUCAUCUGCAUUAUAUUUUAUCACAAUAAAUAUUUCUUAUAUUGUGUUACUCAU